AUGGUUGAUUCACCUUUCAAGAGCAGCGUCUCCGUCACGUAUAUCGGUACAGCAACGGCAAUCCUAGACAUCGAAGGCGUCACAUUCCUCACCGAUCCUUAUUUCUCUCCCGCGGGGACUGAAUGGGAUGUUGGAAUUGCUACACUCACUAGUCAUUAUGAGCCGGCCCUAUCCCUAGACCAGCUCCCCCCCGUCGAUGUCGUCCUGCUAAGUCACGAAGACCACCCCGAUAACUUGGACGAGCUAAGUCGCGACCGUCUACUCAGCGGCCGGCGUGUUCUUACCACGGUUGAUGGAGCCUCUAAACUGAACCCUAGGCCUGGCGUCCAGGGACUUCGGCCUUGGGAGAAGACCACCUUAAACGUGGGAGGCAAAGUCUUCCAAGUGAUAGCCACACCAUGCCAGCAUCUGCCAGGGGGCGAGUGUACGGGAUUUUUACUUACGACCGUGGAGUUCGGAACGACAAACGGGCUGCCAAAUGCGAUUUACUUCUCCGGCGACACCGUCUAUCUAGAGGAACUAGCCAAUAUCAGAGACAGGUUUCACAUAUCAUUGGCAAUAUUCAACCUAGGUGCUGCGUCUGUCAUGCUUCCAGGCAGUGCUGAGCCAUUACUUAUCACGAUGGAUGGAACAACAGGGGCGAAGCUAUUCCGCGAGAUUGGGGCUGAUAUCCUAGUACCCUUACACUUCGAAUCGUGGGAUCAUUUUUCACAAAGCAAGGAGGCUCUAGCCACGGCGUUUGAGAGCGCGGGGAUAUCAGAUAAAGUACACUGGCUGGAACCGGGAAAAUCAAAACGUAUCCUGUAG